AUUGAUCGAGGCAAUAUAAAGGAGCGAGGCAAUCAGGUCAAGCUGAUGGGCAGUGUGUACCGAAAAGCAACACGUGUCUUGGUAUGGCUGGGCCCCACGACAAGUGACAGCGACCUUGCGAUGAGAUUUCUUGCACUCUUAGCCUGCUGUACCACAAUGGCAGAUCCGAAGCGGUCAUUUCUAGCCCACGCUGAAAUGAGAUACUACGACUCAUGGAUGGCAUUAAAGCAUUUGCUGGAGCACACCUGGUGGAAAAGAGCAUGGGUAAUCCAGGAAGUCACAUUAGCA